AAGCCCCGCCCCUUCCGCUUCCGGGGCUCGCCGCUUCCGGUUCCGGCUGCGCUCCUUGAGGCGUCCAUUUUGGAGCCGGAGCCGCCAAGAAGGGAAGACGAGAAAGAAGGAGGAGGAGGAGGAGGAAGGCAGGCAAGGCCCCGGGAAAGGGCUGGAAAGAAACCGAGGUAAAUGGAAGUUGUCCCCAAGGCCAGGUCCUCUGGAGCGGCAGCAAGGCCAAAGGGCAGCCCCUGAAGCGGCGCCUGCGCAGGAGGAGGUAGCGGGGCGCUCUCUCUCACCAUGUUCUGGAAAUUUGACUUGAAUGCCACGUCGCACGUUGACAAGCUGCUGGAGAAGGAGGAUGUGACGCUGCAGGAGUUGAUGGACGAAGAUGACCUCCUCCAGGAGUGCAAGGCCCAGAACCGGAAGCUGGUGGACUUCCUCUGCCGGCCGAGCUGCAUGGAGGAGCUGGUCCGCCUCAUCACCCAGGAGCCCCCCCUGGACAUGGACGAGAAGGUCCGCUUCAAGUACCCCAACACGGCCUGUGAACUGCUGACCUCUGACGUGCCACAGAUCAACGACAAGCUUGGGGGGGACGAGGCCCUGCUGAGCGUCCUCUACGACUUCCUGGACCACGAGCCGCCCCUGAACCCCUUGCUGGCCAGCUUCUUCAGCAAGACCAUUGGCAACCUCAUCGCCAGGAAGACGGAGCAGGUGAUUGCGUUCCUGAGGAGGAAGGAGCACUUCAUCGACCUGGUCCUGAAGCACAUCAACACGUCGGCCAUGAUGGACCUCCUCCUGCGACUCAUCAGCUGCGUGGAGCCCUCCCAGCUGCGCCACGAAGUCCUGAACUGGCUGAAUGACGCCAAGGUGAUCCAGAGGCUUGUGGGCCUGAUCCACCCCAGCCAGGACGAGGACCGUCAGUCCAACGCUUCCCAAACGCUGUGCGACGUCAUCCGGCUGAGCCGAGACCAGGGCAGCCAGCUGCAGGAGCCCCCCGAGGCCGACCCUCUCCUGGCAGUGCUGGAAUCGCAGGAAUGUGUGGAGCAGCUCCUGAAGAACAUGUUUGAUGGGGAGCGCACGGAGAGCUGCAUUGUGAGUGGGACCCAGGCCCUGCUGACCCUCCUGGAGCCCAGGCGCGGGGGCGUGGAGGGGCUGGUGGACGCCUUCUCCCAGGGGGGCGAGAGGCCUUACGCCAUCAGCGGCAGCGUCCUCUCUGGCAUCGAGCCCCGGCUGAGCGACUUCCACGACCUGCUGCUCCACCCACCCAAGGCAGCCCCCAUCCUGACCACCAUCGGGGUCUUGGAGGAGCCGCUGGGGAACGCCCGCCUGCACGGGGCCCGCCUGGUUGCGGCCCUUCUGCACACCAACACGCCCAGCAUCAACCAGGAGCUCUGCCGCCUCAACACCAUGGACCUCUUGCUGGACUUGUUCUUCAAGUACACCUGGAAUAACUUCCUGCACUUCCAAGUGGAGCUGUGCAUCGCCGCCAUCCUGGCCCUCUCCUCCUCCUCCCCCUCCCCCUCCUCCACCCCCCCAAGCGACGCCGAGAGGAAGGGCGUGGCCGAGGGGGACCAGCCCACAGGGGAGGUGCCCAAGAACGGCCGCCCCGAGAACAUCAUGCUCACGCAUCUGUUCCAGAGGUGCUGCCUGGUGCAGAGGAUUCUGGAUGCCUGGGAGACCAACGACCGGAUGCAGGCGGAAGGGGGGAUGCGGCGCGGCAACAUGGGGCACCUGACGCGCAUCGCCAACGCCGUGGUGCAGAACGUGGACAAAGGCCCCAUGCAGGCCCAGAUCAGCGAGUUCAUCAAAGGGCUCCCUGAGGAUUGCCGAGGGCGCUGGGAGAGCUUUGUUGAGGAGACGCUGACCGAAGCCAACCGGAGGAACACCGUGGACCUGGUGAGCACCCACCACCUGCACUCUUCCAGCGAAGACGAGGAUGCGGAAGCCGCCUUCUCCAACGAGCUCUCACUCCAGCAGGCCUUCUCGGAGUAUCAGAUCCAGCAGAUGACGGCAAACUUUGUGGACCAGUUUGGCUUCAAUGACGAGGAGUUUGCUGAGCCCGAUGACAACAUCAACGCUCCUUUCGACAGGAUUGCAGAGAUCAACUUCAACAUCGAUGCCGAUGACGACAGUCCCAACGCGCCCCUCUUUGAAGCCUGCUGCAGCGAGCGCAUCCAGCAGUUUGAUGACAACGAGGAAGAAGAGGAGGAAGACAUCUGGGAAGAGAAGGAACGGAGCUACGCGGCCCGAGUCAAGUCCCGGACGCGGUUUGGGCCCUCUCGCUCCUCGGAGGGAUCGUCCAGGAGUGACCUCGAGAACGGAGGCCCUGGCGGCAGUGGCGGCGGGAGCAGUGGCGGCAGCAGCCCCGAGUCCGGCGAAGACGAGCCCCAGCGGCCGGCCCCCCCUCCCCCGGGCAGAAGCAGCGCCCCCCCUCAGGAGCAAGAAGGGGAGGGGGAGAAGGGCGCAGACCCCGCCCCUGAAGGGUCCGGCUGGACGGCGGUGUUUGAGCCGGUCAGCUCGAUGCCUCCCGCCUCCUGCGUGGCCAUGGACGUGGGCUCCAGCGUGUGGGACUCGGCCGCCCUGGACACCAAGGCCCCUGAGGAGAGGGGCUGGGCCAAGUUCACUGACUUCCAGCCCUUCUGCUGUUCGGAGGCCGGCCCCCGGUGCAGCUCCCCAGUGGAGGCAGAGGUCAGCGGCGACGCGGAGGGAGGCCUGGCGCCCCCCCAGGAGAAGGCCCAGCCGGGGGCCGCCCCCUCCUCCCCCUGCGCCUGGAACGUCUGCGUGGCGCGGAAGGCGCCCCUGGUGGCCUCAGACAGCAGCUCAUCCGGGGGCUCCGAGAGCGAGGAGGAGGCGGAGGACAGAGCGCGGGGGCCCCUCCCCACAGAGACCCUCCCCACUGGCCCGGAAGCGGCCAAGGCGUCUGCAGAGGAGCCCAAGAGCGACGAGGAGGCCCCGCACGCCAGCAGCAGCAGCAGCAACAGUGCUUUGGUGCCCGAGGACAAGGCGGCCAAUGCCGUGGAGAGCACACUGGCUGCGGACACAGGCGGCAGCGCUGCCCACUCGCAGAGAAUGAGGCCCCCUUCAUCCCCCUCCCACGCAAUUCCCUUCAAACCCUGCAUCCUCUUUCUCUCCCCCCCCCCCCACGCUGUGGCCACCCCCAGCCUCACCUCCCACCCCCUGAUCUUUCUGCAGAAGACCAGCAUCUGCUACCUGGCCUUCCCGGAUUCCUACUCGGGGAGCCUGGGGGACACGCAGUACUGCUUCCGCUUCCGCCAGUCCGGGUCCCGCCUCCGGGAGCGCCCCUGGGCCCAGAGCGCCACCGCCUGCCGCAAGGAGGCCCCCGCCGCCCUGCAGCAGGAGACGGCCCACUACUUUGGCUACGUCUACUUCCGGCAGGUCAGGGACUCCUCCGUCAAGAGGGGGUACUUCCAGAAGUCCUUGGUGCUGGUCUCCCGCCUGCCCUACGUGAACCUCUUCCAGUCUCUGCUGCAGCUCAUUGCCCCGGAGUACUUUGACAAGCUGGAGCCCUGCCUGGAGGCCGGUGAGGAGGAAGGCAGGGCAAGGGGCACUUUGGGGGAGAGCCUCCUGGGCCAUGUCUGUGGGGCAGAGGCUGCCAAUAUGCUGGCUUUGUCCAGCCUGAAGGGUCUGUGGUGGGGAGGGGGCACACGCCACCCUGAAAGGCCUUUCCUGGCCUGGAGGCCCGACGCCAGCCCCGUGCUGCCCCUGAAGCAAGAGAACCUCCUCCCGGCCCCGCUCCUCCUGCCCAGCGCCUGUGAAGUGGACCUCUUCCGGUGCUUCCAGCCGGUCCUGAUCCACGUCCAGAUGCUGUGGGAGCUGGUGCUGCUGGGGGAGCCGCUGGCGGUGGUGGGCCCCUCGCCCGCCGUCUCCUCCGAGGUGGUCCUCGCCCUCACCAGCUGCGUGGCUCCCCUGAGGUACUGCUGCGACUACCGGCCCUACUUCACCAUCCACGACAGCGAGUUCAAGGAAUACACCACGCGGACGCAGGCCCCGCCCAACGUCCUCCUGGGCGUCACAAACCCCUUUUUCAUCAAGACGCUGCAGCACUGGCCUCACGUCCUUCGCCUCGGAGACCUCAAGAUGGCUGGGGAACUCCCCAAGCAGGUCAAGCUGAAGAAGCUGGCCAAGCUGAGGACGCUGGACGCCAAGCCUGGCCUCUACACAGCCUACCGGACCUUCCUGCACAAGGACAAGGCCCUGGUCAAGAAGCUCGUGAAGGGCAUCCACAAGAAGCGCUCGUCAGAGGCCCAGAGCGCCCUCCUCAGGCGACACCUCUUGGAGCUCACCCAGAGCUUCAUUUUCCCCUUGGAGCACUACAUGGCCGGCCUCAUGCCCCUGCAGAGAGCCAUCAGCCCCUGGAAGGUACGUACAUACGUACGUACGUGGGGCACGGGGUCGAGGGCUGACCAGCUGACCAACCUGAAGAAAUUUGGUCUGGGGUUCCUGGCUGCUUGGGGCCAUUUGGUUUAUGGGGGGGGGAGGCAACCUGCAGCCUUCAGGAAUCAUAGGGGGGGGGGCUCCUAA